CUGUAUAAAUCUGGACUGGGAUAAUCUGGUUUUGGAAGAUGUGCACUUUGCACGGAGGGUGCCUUCGUACACUCCGCUAAUCUAGCAAAAGCCCCUGCAUUAUGUAUGACUACUUACAAGCACUCUCUUCACUUUAUACAGGGCCGUAUUUAAUGUGACACAAAGUAAAAUUCGAACGCAUCUAUUUAACACAAAAAAUGAGAACAGAAAGCUUGCACGUGCUUUCUAUACACAAACUCUAGUUUUACUAAUUACAUAAUAGCAGCAGUGACGUUCACAUAUGUUUUCUUUAAAACAAAGCGAAAAUACGUUUAUUUACACACCCAUUGUUUUUAUCUUUUGUAUAGACUUAUUAUCAGUUUAAGUCUUCUGUUCACGGGAAGAGUCCGUAACAAGAAAAUGUCGAAGAAUCUGCGAAACCGCUGUGUUAAAUUUGUUGUGUACUAUGUCAUAAUUUCAAACAUUUUUUUGCCCAUGUUAUUGUUAUUUUUUGACGAUCCAUAUUCCUGUCUCUCCAUAUCUGAUAUUAUCUCAGCUGUCGUAUGGAUUAUCAGUGGAUUUCUUCUACUAAUUGGUACAAUUCAGGGGAAACAAGGCUAUAUUCGAAUAUACGUAAUGUUGACCACUGUCUGUUUGCUUGUUGGACCGGUCUAUCUGGCGGUCUACCCUGGAAACUUUAUUUGUGAGACUCGGAACACAAUAACGAUGAUUCUUCUUAUUAUGUAUUUUAUUAUGAUGUGGCCUUUUCAGUAUUGCAUUUAUUUAUUCUAUAAACAAUUAGCCAGUAGUAAUUAUGAGGACGUUCCAGAGAUUCCUUGUAUUGAAAUUCACAUUUACGACGAUCAGACUGACCAAAAUGAAGAAACGGGGACCAAAAACACGAUUGUGUAGUUUCUAAAUGGAUUUGUUAUCUUUCAUGAUAAAAUAGUGUUGGAAAUAAAAUAUUUUAGAGCUGCCUUAUAUUUUCAGUUGCUACCUCUUUUCAGCAUAACCGGGGAUAAACAAGAUAGGGCAAACAUAAUCGAAUAUAUUAUUAUAAUUUCACUAACAUGACCUUUAAACCAAAUUAAAAACAAUUUUAUAAAAAAACAGUAUUUAUGUUGUAUUAGGUGUAUUUUCAAAAAAGAUAAUACUUUAAAUACUCAUAGCUUAUUGCUUUUGUACAAAUAAAUUGUCUCAGAUUUUGUUAUAUUUGUAAUAUUUUUUAAGAAAUCUAGAAUAAUAAUACUAUUAAGAAUAUUGUAAAAGUCUGAUAAAAAGUUUAAAUGUCACUAAAAUGCUUACUUAAGAAACGUGU